UAAACACUCCAGAGCUGGUCAAUGUUGUGAUUUUAGCUGUAGCAACAUGUCUGCCUCCAUGGUGCGAGCGACCGUCCGAGCGGUCAGCAAAAGAAAGAUACUGCCUACAAGAGCCGCACUGACACUGACUCCAGCAGCUGUGAGCAAGAUCAGGUGGUUGUUGCAGGACAAGCCGGAAUAUAUCGGUUUGAAGGUCGGAGUGAGAACACGUGGCUGUAAUGGAUUGACCUACACACUGGACUACACCAAGGAGAAACACAAAUCUGAUGAGGAAGUACUGCAGGAUGGCGUGAGGGUGUUCAUAGAGAAGAAGGCUCAGCUGACCCUUUUGGGAACUGAGAUGGACUUUGUGGAGUCAAAGCUGUCCAGUGAAUUUGUCUUCAACAAUCCAAACAUCAAGGGCACGUGUGGCUGUGGAGAGAGCUUCAACAUCUGAGCAUCAUGGUGCCUGCAUCCUCCCACACCAUCCCUGCCCCAAACCUUGUCCCAUCCAUAAAGACUGAGGGGAUGAAUGUUGAUGAGGUAGUCGGACAAGAGGAAGUCUUUGAGAUGUGGACAGGCCUCCUUUCCUACCACUGCUCUUCCUGCGGACCACUCGCAUACACACACUCCUGAAGCCCUAGUAUAUAUGUUGAUGCUUAGGGGAAGGUUUCAACGCAACCUGUGUAGUCAAAACCUCAACAUGAUCUCAGCAUAAUCGAUUUUAGGUUCAGAUAAUUCUCGUGUCGACAACUGCUUUUUUUAAUUAUGGGUGCCGCAUACAAAACACCUUUUUAGAAGGACCUCAAAAGCAAAGUGUUUCUUUUGUUUAGUGUUUGUCUGCCAUUUCUCACACACACGCACAUAAUUGUCAUGAAGUCAGUCAAAUCUCACCAUGACUUGUAUGCAGGAGGAAAUGGUACAACAUUGCCCAAGGGCAUGCUCGCUAAAGAGUUGAUCAGCUUUAACUUGGUGAAGCUAAGAGGAUGAAGCAUGAUACUAUGAAGUUUUCUGUUCUCAAGAUAGAAUCUAUUAAUCAAAAUCCACAGAUGUUAAGGCCAACAUCAUCUGUUCGAUUAACACACUGUAAGACAAUGUACCAUUAUCCAGUGUUACGUAGCAUCAGUAUGCAAAAGCGGAGGAGCUUGAGUGUCUUGAAACUGCUUUAUUAGUUUGUAUAGUCUUUGAGAAGUAAAAGUAAAUAUUUAUCUCUGUGUAAAUAUAAAGAAUGUAAAUCUCCCUUGAACCACACAAACGCACAAAAAAAAAAAACAACGCACAAAACAUGUAUCCCUCACAUAAGAGUACAUGAGGUUUAUGUUGGUUUCUUUUUGCUUGAUCAAAGCCAGGAACUUGUGUUUGUAUAGACUGCGUGCUCUUAAGAUUUGUAACUGUGCAAUAUGUCUGUGUACAUAUGAAAUAAUAAAUAGCUAAAUCCAGUAA